GAGCGCCGGCCGAGGGCUGGGAGCCAAGGGUCCGGCGGGGGCGGCGCGGGGCGGGGCGGGGCUGCGAGCCUAUUAAAGCUGGGCCCGCGGGGGCAGAGCAGGGCGAUGGAGCGCGACGGCGACCAGGCAGGGCACGGGCCCCGGCACGGGUCAGCGGGAAACGGUCGCGAGCUCGAGUCACCAGCCGCGGCUUCGCUGCUGGCGCCCAUGGACCUAGGAGAGGAGCCGCUGGAGAAGGCUGAGCGUGCCCGCACCGCCAAAGACCCCAACACGUACAAAGUGCUGUCGCUGGUUUUGUCAGUAUGUGUGCUAACAACUAUUCUUGGUUGUAUAUUUGGGUUGAAGCCAAGCUGUGCCAAAGAAGUAAAAAGUUGCAAAGGCCGCUGCUUUGAAAGGACGUUCAGCAACUGUCGCUGUGAUGCUGCCUGUGUCAGCCUUGGGAACUGCUGUCUGGAUUUCCAGGAGACCUGUGUGGAACCAACACAUAUAUGGACUUGCAACAAAUUCAGAUGCGGCGAGAAGAGGCUGUCCAGAUUCGUGUGCUCCUGUGCAGACGACUGCAAAACCCACAACGACUGUUGCAUCAACUACAGUUCUGUGUGCCAAGAUAAGAAGAGUUGGGUAGAAGAAGCGUGCGAAAGCAUCGAUACACCAGAGUGUCCAGCAGAGUUUGAAUCACCCCCCACUCUCUUGUUUUCUUUGGAUGGCUUCAGAGCUGAAUAUUUGCACACCUGGGGUGGACUUCUUCCGGUCAUUAGCAAGCUGAAAAGCUGUGGAACAUACACUAAAAACAUGAGGCCUAUGUACCCUACCAAGACGUUUCCCAAUCAUUACAGCAUCGUCACAGGACUUUAUCCGGAAUCCCAUGGCAUAAUUGAUAACAAGAUGUAUGAUCCCCAAAUGAAUGCUUCUUUCUCACUCAAAAGUAAAGAGAAAUUCAACCCCCUGUGGUACAAAGGGCAGCCGAUUUGGGUGACUGCUAACCACCAGGAGGUCAAGUCCGGCACAUACUUUUGGCCAGGAUCAGAUGUGGAGAUUGAGGGGAUUCUACCAGAUAUCUACAAAGUGUAUAACGGGUCAGUACCAUUUGAAGAAAGGAUUUUAGCUGUUCUUGAGUGGCUACAGCUUCCUAGCUAUGAAAGACCACACUUUUACACUCUGUAUUUAGAAGAACCAGAUUCUUCAGGGCAUUCCCAUGGACCCGUCAGCAGUGAGGUCAUCAAGGCCUUGCAGAGGGUUGACCGCCUGGUUGGCAUGCUGAUGGAUGGCCUGAAGGACCUGGGCUUGGAUAAAUGCCUGAACCUGAUCCUCAUUUCAGAUCAUGGCAUGGAACAAGGUAGCUGUAAGAAGUAUGUAUACCUGAAUAAGUAUUUGGGGGAUGUGAACAAUGUUAAAGUUGUGUAUGGACCUGCUGCUCGGUUGAGACCCACUGAUGUUCCAGAGACAUACUAUUCAUUUAACUAUGAAGCCCUUGCAAAAAAUCUUUCUUGCCGGGAACCAAACCAGCAUUUCCGGCCUUACCUGAAACACUUCUUACCUAAGCGCUUACACUUCGCUAAAAAUGACCGGAUUGAGCCACUGACCUUCUAUCUGGACCCUCAGUGGCAACUUGCACUGAACCCAUCAGAAAGGAAAUAUUGUGGAAGUGGAUUUCAUGGCUCUGACAACCUGUUUUCAAACAUGCAAGCUCUUUUUAUUGGCUAUGGACCUGCCUUCAAGCAUGGUGCUGAAGUUGACUCCUUUGAAAAUAUUGAAGUCUAUAACUUAAUGUGUGAUUUAUUGGGGUUGAUCCCAGCGCCCAAUAACGGAAGUCAUGGCAGUCUCAACCACCUUCUAAAGAAACCCAUUUACAACCCAAGUCAUCCCAAAGAAGAGAGCGUCCUGUCCCAGUGUCCAGUCAAACCAAUAGCCAGUGACCUUGGCUGCACAUGUGACUCCUUGAUUGUGCCAGUCAAGGACUUUGAGAAACAGCUUAAUCUGACCACAGAAGAUGAUGACAUUCACCGUGCGACCGUACCCUACGGGAGGCCCCGGAUUCUACUGAAGCAGCAUCGCGUCUGUCUCCUCCAGCAGCAACAGUUCUUGACCGGAUACAGCCUGGACCUCCUCAUGCCCCUCUGGACGUCUUACACCUUCCUCAGUAAUGACCAGUUCUCCAGAGAUGACUUUUCCAACUGUUUAUACCAGGACCUUCGGAUUCCCCUUAGUCCCGUGCAUAAAUGUUCCUAUUAUAAAAGCAAUUCUAAGCUCAGUUACGGAUUCCUCACGCCACCGAGACUAAAUAGAGUUUCAAAUCACAUAUAUUCUGAAGCGUUGCUUACAUCUAAUAUAGUGCCAAUGUAUCAGAGUUUUCAAGUUAUAUGGCACUACCUUCAUGACACCCUACUGCAAAGGUAUGCCCAUGAAAAGAAUGGCAUCAAUGUUGUCAGCGGUCCCGUGUUUGACUUUGAUUAUGACGGACGCUAUGAUUCCUUAGAGAUCCUGAAACAAAAUAGCAGAGUCAUCCGCAGCCAGGAAAUUCUGAUUCCAACUCACUUCUUCACUGUGAUCACCAGCUGCACGCAGCUCUCUGAGACUCCCUUGGCGUGCUCCGCCUUGGAGUCCUCAGCCUUCAUACUCCCUCAUAGGCCCGAUAACAUUGAGAGCUGUACGCAUGGGAAGCGGGAGUCUUCAUGGGUUGAGGAGUUGCUGGCCUUGCACAGAGCUCGGGUCACCGACGUGGAACUCAUCACCGGCCUCAGCUUCUACCAGGACCGACAAGAGUCAGUUUCAGAACUGCUGAGGUUGAAAACACAUUUGCCAAUCUUCAGCCAAGAAGACUGACUGGUUUUUUUUUUUUUAAUUAAAAAAAUACACCAUAGAUCUUUUUGAAAGAGUCUUAUAUUUUAUACAGUCCUCUACACUUCUGCGUUGUUUGGAAACUGUCGAGUGGAGUUAAAACUGGGACUCCUGUGUGGUGUCGAUGUCCCUGGUGUCAUGUGUGACGACUCAGCACAUCUGCAGCGUGUUCUUGUCCUGUGCCGUGCAGGUUUCCUGUCUAAGAGUUAGAUGUGUUACUAAAGCACUGGGAGUAAAGACACUUCGCCUCAAACCUGGAAGUGUUCUUAGUUCUCCCUUAAGGGACAAGGGGCAGUGUACAUGGUCUGGGGACCUGAUGUUGGAAUCAUAUUGUUGUUAAUAAAACUAAGUAAAGGACUGGGGUAGCUCAUGUCCCAUUUUUUAAAAAAUGGAAAAUGGUUCUGGAUUAAUUUUUACUUGGAUUUUCAGUUUUAACUAAAUGAGUUCCCAUUUCUAUCUUUUCUGUCUCCUCCAAUAACCAAAGUCUUAUGCUUUUAAAACAAAUUGUGAUUGGAUCUCUUCAGGUUUAGUGGCUUUCAAAAACUGGACUUUUGAUGGAAAAUUUGUGAGUUGAGGAUAUCUAGCUUUUAUAAAAAUCAGACUCUAUGUUUAUACACACA